AUGAACAACAUAAUGAUUGACUUUGGGCGUGCCAUGAUGGCAAGGGAUGGCUACGGGCUUGCAAGCACACUGUCGCCAGUUGCUCCCAAACAUGAUAGUGGACGCUUGUAUGCUCUGCACAGAGAAUCCAAUGCUUUCAGCGUCCAGUCAGACUUCCGUCAUGCUCUCUCACAUAACCCUGCUUGCAAGUUGGAAAGAGAGGAAAUCAAUCCCUGGACCGACGUCUUUGUCGCGUACUGGAAGGCUGUUGGCGAGAUUCUAAUUGCUGAAGAAUCACUUAACCUAGGGAAGAAUGCCUCGAAACCUCAAAGCAAGGUCGCCAACUGGGACAAAGUCUACAAUGCCUGGAAGGAUCUCCUCAAUGUACUCUUGAGAGGUUACCAGAUCGAAGUUUUCGACGCCUGGACGAUUCCUUGUCUUUAUCUGGUGGGCAAGUUUCUGCGUGUUUUUGCUAUCAAAGCCGACGAUGCUGCUUUUCAAAAGGGUCAAACUUCCUUCAACGCUUUCGAGGAGGAUGUCGGCGACGCAGCGGGAGGAAACGAGAAGCUUGAGGAUGCUGCGCGUCAGAUCAACAGAGUCUUCAGUCUUUGUAUCGGUGACAGAUCUCCUAUCGAGACUUCUCGCAAAUGGGGUGCUUACUAUAUUGCAAACCUGCAGUUCAAGACAUACUUCAAGCUAAAUUCGAUUGCUCUUUCGCAAAAUGUCAUCAGAUCACUCUCGGCGACGAAUACCGACUUGCCUCCACUCGAUCGCUUCCCUCGCUCGCAGCAAGUCACCUACAACUACUACCUUGGUGUUCUCAAAUUCUUGCACGAGGAUUACGCAAAGGCUGAGGAGCACCUAACCAUUGCUUACAAUAAAGCAUUGGCGGGUUCUACUCGCAACAUCAGACUGAUCAUGACGUAUCUUAUCCCGACCAGACUCAUCACAGCGCACGUUCUACCAACCCAGGCAAUGUUGGCACCAUACCCUAGUCUGCAGCGUCUUUUUGCUCCGCUUUGUGCCUGCAUCAAGAAGGGUGACCUGGCAGGUUUUGAUGCUGCUCUCCAAGCCGGAGAAGAUGAGUUUGUCAAGCGCAGAGUUUAUCUCACCCUCGAACGUGGCCGAGAUAUCUGCCUUCGCAAUCUUGUUCGAAAGGUCUAUCUUGCUGGCGAAUUCGAAGCACCAAAAGAGGGUCAAGAUGGUGCAGAGGCAGUGCGGAGAAGCCGUAUCCCUCUGAAAGAAUUUGCGGCUGCCUUGAGACUCGGUGGGGAGACCGAGCUUGAGGGUGAUGAGGUCGAGUGCCUGCUUGCCAACCUGAUAUACAAGGGCAUGAUGAAAGGAUACAUUUCAAGAGCCCACGGAAUGGUCGUGCUCAACAAGAAGGGCGCGUUUCCUGGCACCGGUGUCUGA